AUGUGUCUAAAAAAUGAUGUCACCAAUCAAAAGUGUUUCAAUGGUUCCUAUCCAAGCAAGCAAUUAAAUAAAUCUCAUGGGACUCAUGCAUCACAUGAGUCAAUCACAUGUAAUGACGUACCUGAUAUAGUAUGCAAGCAAUUAAAUAGCACUUUUUCAGUUUUGCAUAACCAUAUUUCCCCAUUGAAAACAAAAUUCUAUAACCGUAAUUGGAACCUAAUUAAAAUUUUUGAUUCUCCAAGAAAAAAAAACAAAAAAAAAUCCCAACAAUCAAGAGAGCAUAUAAAGCAGCUAAAACUUUUGGACUUUCAUAGCAAUCACAACAAAAACUCAGGCAAAAAAUAA